AUGAACCGAACGCUCAGCAUGAGGGCAGGAGGUGGAGGCCGAUCCUACAGUGCUGCCUCAGCCAUAAUUCCAAGCAGCAACAGGGCUGGCUUUAGCUCUGUGUCUGUGGCACGAUCGGGAGGAGGAGGAGGAGGAGGUGGCUUUGGGAGGCUCAUUGGAGGAGGUGGCAGCAGAAGUUCUGGUGGUGGUGGAGGUUUUGGCAGCAGGAGCCUUUACAACCUUGGUGGUAGCAAGAGGAUUUCCAUUGGGGUUGGAAGCAGCUUCCGAGCUGCUUUUGGAGGCGGAGCUACUGGUGGUGGAUUUGGCUUUGGUGGUGGUGCUGGUGGGCUUGGCUAUAGUGGUGGGCAUGGGAGUGGCGGAGGGUUUGGCUUUGGUGGACUGGGGGGGCUGGGAGGAUUCCCUGCAGGGCUGGGUGGUGGCAGGAACCCAGUGGGAUUUUCUGGUGGCCCAUCUGGAGUGGGUACAAUUCAAGAAGUGACUGUGAACCAGAGUCUCCUGGCACCACUGAACCUGGAGAUAGAUCCAAACAUCCAACAGGUGCGGAAAGAUGAGAAGGAGCAAAUCAAGACCCUCAACAACAAAUUUGCUUCUUUCAUUGACAAGGUUCGCUUCCUGGAGCAGCAGAACAAGGUGCUAGAGACCAAAUGGACUCUUCUGCAGGAGCAGGGCCAAAAAAACAACUCUGGGAAGAACAACCUGGACCCACUUUUUGAGGCCUAUAUCAACAACCUGCGGCGGCAGUUGGCCAACCUGCUCAAUGAGCGGGGACGCAUGGAUGGGGAGCUGAAGAACAUGCAGGACCUCGUGGAGGACUUCAAGAACAAAUACGAAGAGGAAAUCAACCGGCGCACGGCAGCAGAGAAUGAAUUUGUGGUGCUCAAGAAGGAUGUGGAUGCUGCUUACAUGAACAAGGUGGAGCUGGAGGCCAAGGUGGACGCCCUGAGUGAUGAGCUCAACUUCCUUCGAGCCCUCUAUGAGGCGGAGCUGGCUCAGCUCAGCGCCCAAGUGUCCGACACCGCCGUCAUCCUGUCCAUGGACAACAACCGGGACCUGGACCUGAGCAGCAUCAUUGCAGAGGUCAAAGCUCAAUAUGAGGACAUCGCCAACCGGAGCCGGGCCGAGGCCGAGGCUUGGUACCAAACCAAGUUUGAGGAGCUGCAGGCCACAGCUGGGAAACACGGUGAUGACCUGCGCAACACAAAGGGUGAGAUCUCAGAGCUCAACCGGCUCAUCCAAAGGAUCCGCUCCGAGAUAGAGAAUACAAGGAACCAGUGUGCCACCCUGCAGACGGCCAUUGGAGACUCUGAGGAGCGUGGGGAGAUGGCCCUCAAGGACGCCAAGGCAAAGAUGAUUGACCUGGAGGAUGCCCUGCAGAAAGCCAAGGCUGACAUGGCCCGGCAGCUCCGGGAAUACCAGGAGCUCAUGAAUGUCAAGCUGGCCCUGGACAUUGAGAUUGCAACCUACAGGAAGCUGCUGGAGGGCGAGGAGAGCAGGCUCAGCGGGGAGGGACUGAACCCCAUCAGCUAUUCAGUCAUCAGCUCCAGCUCCAGCAUUGCUGGUGGAGCUGGCUUAGGAGGAGGAUUUGGUGGACUGAGCCUGAGUGGAGGAGGAGGCGGAAGUGGUUUUGGCCUCGGAGGAGGUGGUGGGAGCAGCUUUGGUCUUGGAGGAGGUGCUGAAAGUGGUUUUGGCCUUGGAGGAGUUGGUGGGAGCAGUUUCAGUCUUGGAGCUGGCAGUGGAGGAGGAGGUGGCUACAGCUUUGGAAGCGGAGGAGGACUUGGACUCGGGGCUGGAGGUGGUCAUGGAGGUGGGUUUGGAGGGGGGAGUGGUCUGGGCACUGCUGGCAGCUACAGCCAUGCCGGAGGUGGCAGCAGUGCCCUGAGCACCAGUGGAGGGAAUUUCAGCUCUGGAAGUGCAAAAGGCACCAACCCAGGUGUGAAAAUCGUCUCCAAAACCUCCUCCAGCAAAAAGAGCAUAAAAAGCCAAAGCCUGAAGAAUGCCACAGAGUCUGAGUGA